AACAAUAAUACUCCAUCUUGUGAGUCUUUGAUUUUCAGGUUUCGAUAUAAGUCUGUUUUUGAGACUUUUCUGAAGUCAAUAACCAAUCGGUGGGUACUGUCAGGUUUCUGAAGUCAAUAACCAAUCGGUAGGUAUGGUCAGGUUUCUGAAGUCAAUAACCAAUCGGUGGGUACUGUCAGGUUUUGGAAUGAGAAUGCAAGAUGAUCGAGCUCCAAUCAUUUUUUACUUUUGUCAAUGUCAUUGUCAAGCAUGUAUUGCACUUUUGUUCUCAAGUACAUGUACUGCAAUUUUAGUAGCAUCAAAUGACAAGGAUUCUACUUUCAUAGACAAAGUGUCAUCUACUAUAGCAUCAUAACAAAUAGCAUUUGUUUGGGGGGGGGGGGGGGGGGUUGCAACAUCCAUAAAGAUUAAAGGAUAAUUAGUCAUCAGAUGUUGAACUUGUUCUUUCUGGUGAAUAUAAUUCAAAUGUCCGAGCUUGCCAGGCAUCAAAAUUGGUCAGAAUUUCAGAGUUCUUUACAUGGACAUUGCUUUAUGAACUUUGAUUACUGUAAGUUAGUAUCUUUUCAUUGAUACAUUUUACUGCAAAUAAUUGUAAAAUAUUUGUUAAAUCUUUGAUAUCCUGUUCUUGGUAUUUGCUGCAUUUGGGUUUAUUCUGACCCAUAACACCACAACAGAGAUAACGAGCACAGAUAAUGAGUGGAGAUGAAUGAGCACGAGUGGAAACCGAAUUAUGACAGAAUGACGGAACACCAUAUAUAUACCCCAGACAUAUCAUGGCAGGGGCAUAAAAAAUCUACACAUUUAUACCUUCAAAUCCUUAUAUUUUGUCAUUGUUGUUGAUUGAUAUUGCAGAUACUAACUUUAAAAUAGAUUAGCCAACAACAUUUCACACCACAUGUAUUCUAGAUCUAUAGUCAUAUAUUUUUCCUCAAUCAACUAAAAUUCUUGAAAUUGAGAAGUUUUAUAACAAUGUCAUAUCCCUCUGCUAAAUCCCUAGAUAAAUGAUUCCCUGACCAUCACCCAGAGUCUGAGGCUAAGCAGCUCAAAGUUUGCCAAGAAAUCCUGAUUUAAUGAUAAUUUGUGUUUUUUUUACAGUGGCCAUUAUUCCAUUUCCUCUUGGGAAUAGCAAUCAUGGAGAGAAUAGGACUGUUGACCCUGAUUCAACUUGACAAAUCUAUCACCAUCAGAUGCAAAUGAAGGAACAAAUUACAUAGCCUCAAACUGCUGAGGAAUCAAUAGGGAGUGCUGGGCAACGUGGUUAUAUGAUACAGACCAUGGUCAUGUCUGCAAGCGAGGACUGAGGGACUACACGAUGGAAGUCUUGGUAGAAUUUGAGUAUGAUGCGGAACAAGAAGAUGAGCUGACAAUCAGAGUGGGCGACGUCAUCAAAAAUGUUCAGAUGUCAGAGGGAGGCUGGUGGGAAGGGGAACUAAAUGGGAAGAAAGGGUUGUUUCCCGACAACUUUGUCAAGGUGUUGGAGAAGAAAAAGGAAGAGCCAAAGAAAGAAUUGCUGGUAACACAACAAAGAUCCUCAGUUAAAGAACUUGCCAGCAAACUCAAAGAUGUCCAUGUGGGGGCAGCACCACAGAAAAAGAAAGACCAUCAUCACACAGAGAAAAAGAGAAGGGCAAAGGUGCUGUUUGACUAUGAUCCAGAAAACGAGGACGAACUUCGAAUAGAAGUGGGUGAUGUGGUGGAAGUGAUUAAACAGGAAGAGGAGGGUUGGUGGGAAGGUAUUGUUAAUGGAAAGUCUGGAGUAUUCCCAUCCAAUUUUGUAGAGAUAGUAGAAGAGGGAGAAUCCAUGGAAGUUCCAGACACGCCUCCAGAAGAAAAGCAUGAAGUAAAGGGGAAGAAAAUAAUGGGUAUAGGCCUGGGGAACAUAUUUGAAGGUGGCCCUAUAAAGUUACGAUCUACAGCAGCAAGCACCAAACGACCUGUAGAAAGACCGGAACCCAAGCCACCUGUAACAGAGGAACCAGCCGUCUUUAAGAGGGAAAAACCAGUCAUGCAUGCUUACCAUCCACCUGUCCUAGUUCCUCGCAAGUCACAGGUAAAUUUCUCAAACAUCCAACAUAGGAAAGUGUUCCCAGUCCCCACCCCAAGGUGUUACCCUGUUUGGUCCCAGAGAGACAAUGGACACAGUCCCCCACUGAAAUACAGGCCUGACUAUGCCAGUGCUGAUACUGUUGAUGAAAAAAGUAAUGACUUACACCAUGCUUAUCAGAGAGAUGGCGUGUUAGAACAGAUUGAAAUUAAGCACUUGGUGCGGUCCAGCGACCCUUGUAUCCCGCAUAGUGUUGGCUCAGCCAGAAUCACAGAGCCUUGUAUUCCUUUGUCAGGUGGUCUAGUCCUUAAUACAGCGAUAAAGAGUACUUCUUAUCAUGUCCAGCCCAUCAUUAACAUGUUUGAGAGAAAGCAUAAAGAGCAGGACGUGACUGUCAGCUCGUUAGACGACUCCAACAAGGAGAACACGGAGAAAGAAAACAGACAAAAAUCCCUUCAGAAGCAGUCCCAAAUGAAAAGGAAAGCUGCACAGUCUAAACUAAGUAUUCUUUCACGCUUGAAGUUUCUUCCCUUCAAGACAAGGAAGCUUGAACACACGGGGCAGACAUCAAAGUCUGAAACUGAAUGUAACCUCGAGUUCUCACCAGUCAGUGGAGAAUCCCUCGGCAGUGGACAGUGCAGGAGUGUGCCGGUCCUUCAUAGCAAGUGUAAGAAAGAAAAUCUUAUAGAAGAGAGAGAGCCAUUAAGACCAAUUGCAUUACAGGACAUCAUUAAUACAGAUCCCCAGGGAUAUCCAUACAUGUCUCCAUGUGAUUAUAGACCUUGCACUCCAGAGCAUGACCUUGACCUCGAUUCAGAUGAUCAACAAGAUUUACCGUGCCAGAACACUAUAAAAUCAGAACCCACUUCUACACCUGCACAACCGUCUACUGCAAAGCAUAGCAGUCUGACUGGGCAAGAGGGGACAAGGAAGUUGUCCCCCUUUGUAAGUACCAUGGCUGAAAAAUAUAGUUCAAAGGACUGGAAAGAUAGGCGGUGGAAGAAAUAUGUUGAUAUGGAACAUGGAAUAGUGUCACCUCCCAGCAGUAUUAAGGCCAAUCAGAAUUGGAGUAAUAAUGCUCUGCAGGAUGAAGUUUCAACAAUAUCCAUGUUUUUCGAGAAAGCAUCGCCAGAAAAAACACUACAAAGUAAGAGUUUAGGUGCUGGUAGUCAGAAAGUGAGCAAAUCAGAAGGAAAUAUGCAGAGAGAAGUAGGGGGAAGUAAUCUUGUCAGGAAAUCUAUGUCAUUUCAAGAUGGUAGAAGGUAUAGUAAAGAAGUGGAUCAAAUACGGGUAGACAACAGUAAAAAGACAUAUCCUACCACCUUUAUCACUGCUGCUGAGGUGUACAAAAAUCUCCAUCCAGAAAAGUCCAUCAUUCCGGAGGGGCAUGUAGAUAAACAGAGGGAAACUCCCAGAAAAGUGGAUAAGGAUCAACUGGAUAUGUCGAAUGUGAAGACUCCAAAGUAUUUGGAGGAGACCUUUUCCGAUCCCAGUGCAUUAGAAGAAGAUCCUCUGUCAACAAGUCUGGAAGGCUUAGAGAAGUUUAUCCGAUCAAAUGUGGCAGAAAGUAUCACAAGUACAUGUGACAGUGACCAAGCUUGUCAUUUGGCCAUGUAUCCGUGGGUGUCUCCUCCACCCACACACACAGUAGAGAAUGCAUACUAUGAUGAACAUAUUCAUAAAUUCCAGAGUAUGUCAGGCACAGAUCUUACAGAGGAAGGAGUUCUAGAAGACUUUGAUUCAAAGUUGAGUGCCUAUUGCAAUAAUUCGGAGACAGAGCUAGAAGCAGACGAGGCUCUUCAAGAAAAGAAAGGAGAUGUUUAUACAUCACUUCCACCAGAGAUGUUGAGUUACGAGCCAAGUCUGGAUCAUAGUGAUUGUGACACACCACUGGUGACACCAACCAAACGUUUCACAAGACCACGAUAUUCAAGUUCACCCGCAAACAAAGCUGAACAUCAUGAAGACUAUGACUUGGAAGGAACUGCAGAAAAUGGCCUAAACUUGCAGGUGGUUGGAAAGAAAAUUAGAAUCAUUGGUGAUGCUCAGGUGGAGAAAGACUAUGAUAUCGUGGGAACAAACGAAAAUGGGAUCCACCUUGAAGUUGUAGGUCAGAAAGUCAGGUUGUGCAUACCAGAGGAGGAAGGGAGUAGAAGAACCAAGAAAAGAAAACAUUGUCUGAUCUGGAAGAGGCUGUUCAAGUUGAAAGGACCUGCACCCUUUUUAUCAUGCAGAAGGACAGAUGAAACAGAAUCACCUUUACAGGGAAAGAGCACAUACAAAGCUGAGCAGUCAUCAGCAGCUAGAGAAUCACCCAAAGUAGACAAAGAAUCACAUGAAGUAGACAAAGAACCACCUAAAACUGAAGUAGACAGAGAAUCAUCUAAAACUGAAGUAGACAGAGAAUCAUCUAAAACUGAAGUAGACAGAGAAUCAUCUAAAACUAAAGUAGUUGAUGAAAACAACACAGCAGUUAAUGUUGUAUUCAGGCCAGAAGAUGUCAUCUUGGGAACCGUAGAGUCUGUUUUUUGCCAUGAUUUUUCUGACGAUGAAGAACUUGCUAGGGAUUCUUCCACAAAAAUUCAGUCACAAUCCAAUGAGUCUCAAACUUCUCAAAGGUUAGUCCCUAAAGAAUCUCUGGCUGCUUGUGACCUUGUGCAUUACUCAAUGGAAGACAUGGUCAAAGAACUGGAGGAUGAAGGCAAGAAUAUUGAGAGGGAAUUUUUGAGAAUUGUGACAGACAAUGCACCAGAGUAUUUGGACAUGGAAUCUGACUGCAGAAUUGAUAACCCACACAGCCUAAUGUACUUAGCAGGAAUGGCAUGCAGUAAGAAAUACCAACUGCUGUACAAUUCAGACAUGUCGGAAGACUGUGAUGUUAGGGCUAGCGGUGACUAUCCUGUUAAUGUGCAGUCGAAUAGUGGCAUUGAUCUAGUCUGUGGAAAACUUGACUUCAUUAAGGAUGAUUUCUCUGAACCAAGUCGCAGCGAAGACACUUUUGAUGAGGAGAUCGAUCAAGACAUUUGUCCUGAUUCACCAGGUCUGAUUGCAAGCAUGACACGAGAUGUACAGAAUCUGAAUCUCACACAAUCCCCUAAUUCCAGUGAUGCAGACAUCGCAAGACGAAUAGACUCGUUUCUUAGAGAUGCUUUGAAACCCAUUGAUGAUUUCACCUUUAGGAAUGACACUUCUGAUGAUGACUUGUAUGAAGAUGGAAAAGAAAACCUCAGAUCUCGGGGAGAUGACAGGGUACUGAGUGACACACUCUACAGCUCACCUUCUGCUGCCAGUGAGGAUCCCAAGUAUUCCAUGGAAGGAGAAGAGGAGGAGUGUAGUGCCCUGAACAAAAGCUUUACCACAGAGGAUUCAGAAAUAGAUCAGUCGGUUAAAGAAGCUCUGGAAGAAGUGGAAGGUGUCACUCCUGUUAUGUUAGACCAUCAGUUACAGGAAACCGAGUCCUCCUCCUCCUCCUCUGAUGAUGAUGGGAGUAAUGAUAUUGCUGAGGACAAUGAGGAGGAGGAUGACGACGAUAACACGAACAACAAUUUCCAUAGUACUGAUGCCAAUGAAAAUGCAAAAAUAGGCUCACAUCAACGUUAUCCCACCUUCAGCUUGAUGUCCCCAUCAAAUGAAAGAAAUGACAAAUCUACAACGUACGCCAGCGAAGAAACCCAGGCUGAUGCCUCAUGUAUUGGCUAUGAUUUGCAUCCGUCCGUGUCGGACACAAGAAGCAUCAACACCACUGGCAGUGACAAGUUCUACACAGACAUAGAUUCCAGUAUGGACACAAGUACGGACACAGCCAAAUUCUUCACUGACCGAGAUACAGACCUGGAUAAUACAAUGGAGGAUGGAUCAGAAGCCUUGCGUUGGAAGAGCCCCAGUCCAGGGAGUCCUGCGAAUAAAUCUCAUGAUGUGAUAGACUGGAGCAUGGAUGAUUCCAUUGUAGUUUGAACUUGUUUUUAAAUUAAAUUUAUUCGUUGUUAUCUGUAGAAACUGGAGAUAAAUCUGUACUGUAUACAGCUUUAUUUUCAAAAGGUUUGAUUUUUAUUGUUUUCUAAAUCUCACCAAGCUGAAAUCAAGUUACAAUAACUCAAUUAUUUUCAGUUAAGGAUAUAAUUUAAGUCAAUGAUAAUUUAAAAUAUUUUAUUUCAUAUUAUGUCAUUGAAAGAUUUUUUGUGUGAUUAUUUCUUGCAUUGAAUUUUUUAAAAGAUACAAAGAGAGUGCUUACCAGCCCUGUCAUCCAGUAAAAAAAAAAGGAAAAAAAUUCUAUUGCUGGAUGAUAUAUUAAACCCAUGACCCAUGCUUUUACCUGCCAGGUGAUGAGAUACCAGAAAAUUUAUUUCAUAGCAACAUCGUGAUACCAAUCAUUUAAUAUUGAUUACAAUUUAUAACUGUCUAAUAUUCCCAAAGUGCACCUCAAAUCUACCUUCCAUGUAUUUUUACUAAGUACAUCCAAAAUCUAUGGGAUAUCUUGCAGAAACACUAAGGACUGGGAUGAGUGCAUUAGCUUCUGGUAGGGGGUACAUAUAUUUCUAAAUCUAUUUCAUGAGUUCAUUAGCUUCAGGUAGGGGGUACAUAUAUUUCUAAAUCUAUUUUUUCAUGAUGAAAAAUCAUAAGUUAUUUUUGGAGACUGACAUUUAAGGUGGUUGGCAUAUAUUCUGCAAGUGAUUAAUUAUGUGGAUUUUAAUGGAGAGAAACUACAAAAUGUAAAGAAAGAAACUUGUCUUAUUCAGAAAUUACCAAAAGCUGUAUACAGUGCUAGAUUUAGUGUAAGUGUUUUGUUAUAGGACAAUAUAAAAUUUAAUUUUCCCCCUCUUUUUAAUUGUAUGGCAGUUGCAUGUCUUUAGUCUUAUGUGUAUUGAUUGUAUAUUUUAAAAAUAAAUGUACAAAUGUGGCAAUUGAAAAUUACCACAAAUAUUUAAAUAUAAUGUUGCUUACUGUUAACUAUUGUGUUUAACAUUACAUGACUGAUUCAUUACUGUUUUCAUUUUCAUAUUGUUGGUGUUGAAGAUUAAAUUUGUUGAUCUAUA